AUGUUGCAUUCAAAGCUGAAGAUGAAUUUUGAUGACGAAAAUCCAGAAGAAGCUGUCUCAGCGGAGGCAGUUACCAGAAAGGUUGAUUAUCGUAUUAUGGGAAUUAUGUUGACAUGCUACUUCUUGCAGUUUCUAGACAAAGUUGCUUUGAAUUAUAGUAACGUUAUGGGUAUGUCACAAGAUAUUGGUUUGGUCAACAACCAAUUCUCAUAUUUGGCUACUUUCUUCUUCGUUGCAUUCUUUUUCUUUGAACCUGUUCAAGGCUUCUUUUUGCAAAAAUUUUCUCCUUCGAAGGUUUUGGGUUUAAAUGUCUUGCUUUGGGGUGUCUUUUCUGCAUGUUGUGCUGCUCCAACAAACUUUGGUGGUAUGUUGACUGUACGUAUUUUACUCGGCUGUGCAGAAGCUGCCAUCAGUCCCUGUUUGUUACUUAUUACAACAAUGUGGUACACUUCAUAUGAAGGUUCGUUUAGAAGUGGUAUCUGGUAUUGUGGUUUGGGUUUGGGUCAAAUAUUUGGUGGAUUGAUCUCAUACCUAUUCCAAUUGGUUUCUAAUACUUCCAUUCGUGGAUGGAGAAUAAUGUUUAUUGUCAUUGGUAUGCUCAAUAUCGCCGCCGGUUUAGCAGCAUAUUUUACUUUGCCAGACAAUCCAUUAUCCUGCAAAUUUUUAACGCCAAAGGAAAAGUAUGUGUUGUUGACGAAGUUGACGGAAAGUAAAGUUGGUAUUCAAAAUAAACGCUUAGUCAAGUCUCAAUUUUGGGAAUUGUUGUGUGAUAUUCAACCUUGGUUAUUAUGUCUUUUGGCUAUCACGGUUUCAUUUUCGUCAAGUACAAUCUCAACUUUUUCAUCGACAGACAUUAUUUCGUUUGGUUUCACAUCAAGGGAAGCUGCUCUAUUGAAUAUGCCAUCUGGUAUUGUAUCCAUUUUCUCAACAUUGGUGUCUACAUAUUUCGUUAUGAAGGGAUUUCCACGCUGGAUUGCCAAUACUCUUUUACUUAUUCCUGCUAUCAUUGGUGGUGCUUUGAUGUCAUUUUUGCCAAAGUCCAAUCAAGCUGGCUUGUUGGUUGGUAUCUACCUUAUUAAUUUCAUUGUUGCCCCUUUGGCUAUCAUAUAUAGUUGGGUCGGAGCCAACUUUUCUGGUUAUACAAAGAAGAUUGGUGCGAACCUUUUUAUCAUGUUUGGUUUUGCCAUUGGUAAUAUUGUUGGUCCUCAGAGUUAUCAACACAAGGAUGCCCCAGACUAUUACCCUGCCAAAAUCUGCUUGUUGGUUACUCAAGCCUUGAGUAUAAUUAUAACAUGGGUUAUAGCUUUCAUCUACUAUCGCAGAAACAAGAGUAGAGACGAAGAGCAGAAGGAUGAAUUACCUUUGACUGAAGAUGAAGAAUUGAAACUCGCAUGGUCCAAUUUGACGGAUUUUGAAAACAGACACUUCAGAUACAAGUAUUAG